GAGUUUUAUUCAGCAGUAACGCACGGCAGAACGGGGGCAGAACCAACGCAUGAAACUCCGUUAUAUUCUUUUUGAUCUUGAGAAUAGACCCACUGGUGCAAGAAAUAUUUGAAAUACAUGAUGGAGACACCAUCCUCCAUGGCGAGACCAGUUACAAUAGGCAUCUGCACGUCAGCAUUGAGGUCUAACAUUGAGGCUUUCAUUACCAAGGUUUCAAUUCUGACCUAUGUAACAGUUCGAUUCAUUAAACUACCGUACAAUGAUCUGGACAGCUUUCGUCUUUCAAGUGCAGGACUUGAUGGUGUGAUUAUCUGUCAUUCUAUCAACAACCGUCGCUUUGCAAUGACAGAUGUUAUGGAUUCUCUCUACGACAAGUUCCUGCCUCGUGUUCGACGAAAUUUUGGAAAAGACAGCGUCUGUGUUAUUGCACAUGACUUUCAAUGGCCCAUGGGUCCAGCUGGGUCCUCACAUGAAAAUCAUAUCCGGAUCAAAGAUACCCACAUGGACAGCUUCCGGAGCAAACAAUUUACAACCUUUGAGUGCUCCAAACUGGCCAUGAUCUGUGGUAGACUGGACAGACAGGUGGACAUGGAUGAAGAGGAUUGGAAACAGCUUGAAGACUUCCUUCUCCAAUGCCGAGUUAAGCCAGAAUGGGCCUGGAAUAUAAUAUAUUCCAUAUUGGAUACGAUCGAACGGUUAAUUAUGACAUAUAUAAAACCAUACAUUCCACAGGCUGUUCGAAGUGUCUUCGCUCCCGUCGAGGAUGACAGCCUUCUUCGGUUGCUCAGAGAUCACAAGAAGCUCAAAGAAUCUUAAGAUAUAUCCUUCAGUUUGUGUGUCUUCAUGUUAUAAUCUUGUUGACGACGGCGGAUUGUAUUUUGUUGCG